AUGAAAUUCAAGAUAACAGGUGAUACCAUUGAUUAUGAUCGUCCAGCAGUGAUAAUAAUGAAUCAUCGAACGAGACUUGAUUGGAUGUAUUUUUGGGCGGCAUUAUUUAAGAUGAAUCCAUGGCUAUUGAUUAGCUCAAAAAUUGCUUUAAAAGCUGAACUUCGCCGUUUUGGAAUGGAAGCAAAUCAGUUCAUCUUUUUGGAUCGUAAAAUAAAAACGGAUAAGGAACGAAUUUCGGAAGCAAUUCAUUACUAUGCAUCUGUUGGAAGCAAUUAUCAGAUAUUAUUAUUUCCUGAAGGAACGGAUAAAACGCCUAAUACAACGAUGAAAAGUAAUAUGUAUGCGAAAAAGAAUGGCUUAAAACAAUUGAACAAUCUAAUCUAUCCUCGUUCAGCUGGGCUUAUUCAUUUUAUCAAUGAGAUGAGACGACAUAAUUACAUCGAAUGCAUCUAUGAUGUAACUAUCGCUUAUCCGGUAAAUAUCGUUCAAUCAGAAGUUAGUCUAAUCUUAAGUGGUCGUACACCACAAAAAGUAUUAUUUCAUAUUGAACGAAUUGAUUUAUCAUAUGUACCACUUGAAGAUCAUGAUAUUGCUCAAUGGAUUAAUGAGCUAUGGAUUGCGAAAGACGAGAAAUUAGAUUUAUUUUAUUCACAGCAACCACCACGUGUGCAUUUUCCAAAUGACAAGAAUAAAUUUGUAUGGGAGGUGCUUUUUGGAUAUUUCAUUUUUGCGUAUGCUUAUAUAAAUGGUAAAUAUGGUGGUAUCCAACGAAUGGUAUAUGUCAAAUGGUGGCAUUCAUUGGAGGCGGAGACGGUAGUUCACAGGUGA